UGAUUGGUCCAACCAGUCACAAGAUGAUGUGAAGUAAGCAAAAAAAAAAACAUUGUUGGCGUCUCUUCCAUCCAGUGCAGCAGCUGCAGCUUCAGGGGUCCUUUUCUCACGAUGAGUGAAUCACUGGUGGUGUGUGACGUGGACGAGGAGCUGGUUAUAAAGGUGGAGCAGUUCCGUUUGCGGAAGGAGACCGAUAAUGCAGCCAUCGUUAUGAAGAUCGACGAAAAAAAGCAGCUGGUUAUUCUUGAAGAGGAACAUGUGGAUAUUUCUCUUGAUGAUCUGAGGGAUAUUGUGCCCGAGAGACAGCCCAGAUUUAUUGUCUACAGUUAUAAGUACCACCACGAUGAUGGACGCAUUUCCUACCCUCUGUGCUUCAUCUUCUCCAGUCCAGUGGGAUGCAGACCAGAUCAGCAGAUGAUGUACGCAGGAAGCAAAAACAAACUGGUGCAGACUGUCGGAAUGUCCAAGGUAUUUGAGAUCAGAAACACAGAGGACCUCACGGAGGAAUGGCUGAAAGAGAAACUUGGGAUCUUUGGCUAAAGGGAUGUCAUCCGGCGGUCUGGGAUGAGAGGAGAACCCAGAUUGCACUUCUCUCUUGAGGAGAACACACCACUGUUAAUGUUUCCCUCCUCCAUGUACCACACUGGUUUCUGUAGUGUUUUGAAAAUACCUUCUGUUCUCAGUUUUUGGCCCCUUAGAGUUCAUGGCAUUCAUUACAAUUCAGUGUGGAACGAACUAGAAGUCACCCAUCUGGCAGCCGAAAACUUGAACCACUAUUUGACGCGGGUCUGCUUCAGCCGCCCAUUAAGGCAGUCAAUGUGCCAGUGAUGCGUUUGUACUGAAUUAACACUCCAAUAGCUCUUAAAGAGGACAUACAUUGAUCGUUCUCAGCUUCACUUCCUCAACAUGUUGUUUUGGGAGAAUUUAAAAGCAUUGUAUCUAUCAUUUCUGCUACCAUCAGUAGUUUACAAGGUUAGUGUCUUUUGUAACUCUGAACCACUUUAGUUUCAUCUUUUCAUGUUGUGGGAGUCUUACUUUUUUUCUUGUAGCGUGUCGGUUAAUUUAAGAAUAUAAUUUACUUUAUAGCAGUAAUAUCCUUUUUUUGGUGAAAAAUAAGAGACAACCAUAGUUAGACCACAACCACAGAGAACAACAUAGAGUUCAGCUUCAGUCUGUCUUUCCUUCAGUAUAAAUUUGUUAAUUAGAAUUUGGGGGAAAGCUGUAAUCACUCCAGUCCACAAAGGACAAUAACACUAAAACCAAUUCUGAAGACUUAUACUUGAUGUGGUGUACCUUCUCAUGAGCACAAUAACAAGCUGGCAGAAGCCCUGGAGUGGUGCUUGACACCCUACAGGCUUGACAGUCUUGAACACACAACACAUGAGGAGGGGGUGGGGGCACUUGAACCUACUGGGCUACAUUGUUUAAGUGGGUCACUGUGUCUUUAGGGAGAUUGUUAGCUGAUAUUGUGCAUCACAGCCAUUGCUGUUAUUGGUGUUUAUGAAUGUUGUGCUUCACCCUGACAUCUUCCAUGAGGAACAGGGUUAGACCAGUCCACCUUUUGAAGGAUGAUAUCGAUAUUUGCGUAUUGAAUGUGCUCGCUGCUCGUAUCUAAUCUCUGUUUAUACAAUUCGCACAGACUGAGGUUAACAAUACCCAAUUUCCCUUCAUAAGCUUUUGUGGUAUCUAUCGUGUGUACUUGAAUAUAUGUCCAAAAUAAACAGCUCUUAAAUAUUUUCCACUAAUGAUCCUCAGUAAAAGACUUUAAGACAAUCCAGUGCACUAAAAGGUUAAACCAGUUGCUCUUAAACAGGGCAACUGCUGCAAAAAAUAAAAUCGGCUAAGAACAAAUUGUAUAUUUGGUUCACUAGGCAGAUUUUGUGAGAGAGAUCAAUCAGCCCUGUAAAUUGGUCUGACUAAUAAAGAAUAGAAGGAACGUUUGCCCCUUAAUGUCAGCUGUGAUUGUAAAAAUAAAGGAUGACGGUGUGUGGUGGCUAGUUUAAAUGUGGAAAGCUUCUGUAAAAGAAAUGUGUUAUUUCAGGGUAUAUCUGAAUAGUUUUUCUGAUGCUUUCCUAUUACAUGUAUUUUUAAUAUUUUCGUUGGAUUUGACUGAAUCUAUUUCCACACAAAAAUCUUUAAAAAGGGACAACCUUUUUAACACCCGGUCUCAACUGUGCUCUAUCUGAUGUAAUAAUAACCAUACUUUUCAUUAUUAUCAACCUGUGCCACUGCUGUUUUUUAUAGAAAUGGGUUUAAAUGAAGUGUUAUGUAUCAAAUCAAAUACGUACCAAUCAAAAUCAAUGCCCUCAUUAAAAGGUCUACUUAAGUUAAGCAUUGUAAUGGUUAUGUCCCAUGGAGUCCAGUUUCCCUCCUGGUGAAUUGGUUGUAUAUUUGGCUUCUAUAAGUAUUUUACUUCAAACUUGCAAAUGUGUCGUUCGGCUCUUGAUGUCCUCUAUAAUCAAAUGCUUACUAUUUUAUUGUCUUUCCUUUUUAAUGAAAACACAUCUGAUAUGUGAAUUCUUACCAGCUGCCUCAUGGUUUCAGUGAAUCUUGAGAUAUCUUCCCAUACUUUAUAAAGUGUCUAUUGUCUGAUUGUUGAAAUAAAAUGACAGCGAUGUUUA